GGGGGUAAAAGGUUCACCACACCCUGGCUGCAGCUGGCUGGUCCUGUCUGUUUCCUGGAUCCGUUAAAAAUUCAAAUUCAAGAUGAGUGGAAAUAAAGAUCUGGACUGACAUUUGGAGCACAACCAGGUCAGAGAGAUCUUCUGUCAAAGCUUCAGUACUGCGACACAGUCAUCAUGUCUCAGCCAACAAAAGACGAUGUUUUUGCGUAUGCUCUGGCCAAGACCCUGACAAAGGUUUCAUCACCUGCGACUGUGGGACUCUACUCUGCAUGUCAGAACCGACUCAACAUGAUCCUCGAACACAUGGAAGAGAACAUGAAGAAGGAGGCUUUGAUUGAGAAGAAACACAACAGAAGAUCAAGUCCUCGCUCGGUUAACCCUUCAUGCACAGGCUUUCUAGCUCUCAUUGGCCGACUGCUCCUCUACAGGCCCAUUUGGAAUAAGGAGAACCAGCAGCAACAGAAUGUCAGGUUCAUUUUUGUGCACUUCAGUGCCUGGCAUUUUGCAGGUAGUGACCUGCUGUGGGCCGGGAUAGCUAUACGGCUGUUUCAGGCCAUGCAGAUGAGCUUUGGGAAAUUACAGAUUGUGCUCUACCGGGUGGCUCAACAUGAUGAAGAACAGGAAGUCAUGAAGAAGAUAGUGGAGGACAAUACCAACCACUGGAGGUCCAAAAAGGUUUGCUGCUGCCCUCUUUGGUUUCUCGUUCUGUCCAUUCUUGUGGUACCGAUUAUCUUCCUGGUGUUCCUGUUUGCUUUUGGCCUUCCCAACCCUGAGAUCGAAGCAAGCCAGGUGGUGAAUGGAACAACAGGCCAGGUGGGUGUGUUUGAGGGCCUGAUCAUCGCUGCGUUAGGAGUCCCGGCAGCAAGCGCAUUGAGGUUUGUCUUUCUGAUGGGUAAGAACCUCAUCUUCAGCCAGGAUCUAAACAUUAGGAGAGGGAUGGACAAUGAGCGGGUCAGCAGCCAACUGGGCUUCAUGAACGAAGUGAGGAAGGAAAUUUGGUUCAUUUCGUGCUUCAUCCAGUUCAUGGAGGUGUUCGAGAGGAGACGGAUCCGAGUGGUACUGAAGGUCACCAAUCUGGACCGGUGCUCCCCGAAGAAGAUUGUCACAGUUCUUGACGCCAUUAACAUUCUGCUCUCAGACGAAGCAAGCCCAUUUAUUUCCAUUCUGGCCGUCAACCCAGAUGUUCUUGUGCAGAAAGUGAACUUUGCAGAUGGCUGCUUCAGCAAAGAAGACAGAGCGUAUGCACUGUUAAACAGCAUUGUGACUCUGCCCUUCACAGUCCCACCGCUGUGCGACGAUUCGAAGCGCAGUUUAUUUUAUCACCUCACCAGCAAAAGCGCAAGGGAAGAAAAACGGGGAACUGGAGGCCUCAAAAAGACACCUUCCUCAAAUGAGUCUUCAGUGAAGAUCGAAAUGGGGACAAAAGAGUCACAUCUUUUGCUCAGUAAAACUACAGCAGCACUGAAUGUAAACGAGAGGGAGGUAGAGGAAUCAGUCAACGACAGUCUGAGCAUCUUUGAAGGGAAUCUCAACAAGUACAUGUUAGACGACGCCAUGUCGAUGAGAAGGGUGAUCAACUCCAUCCGGGUGACUGUGAUAAUCAUGAAGGCCUUGAAUCUUCCUCCGCAAGAACACAUUGCUGCAUGGGUGGUCUUGGCCAAUCAGUGGCCCUGCCGCCUCAGCUGGAUCAUACAGUGUGUAGAAGACGCUCAGCAAAGAGCAGACGUCUCAGAUCAAGGGAAUGCAGUCAGCACUGAUGAUUCAAAGACUUUAUGGAAAGUCUUCAGUGAGUCCACGGCUGAGCUGUAUGUGAUGAGUGCACAAAUCGAGGACCUCCUCGAGCAGGAUGGAGAUCCAGAAAUGUUUGAAAUAUUUCUCAAAGUGGAUUUCAAAUUCACCGUGAAGGACUUGAAGACAUUCGAAGUGGUGACGGUAAACCUGGAUCAUUCAGUUAGGAAGGAGCUGGCUCGGAUCAGAGGGACGUCGAGACUGAAAGAUUCUGGUUGGAUGAGGAACCUAGCUCCUCUGCCAAUCACAACUAUCAUCAGCAUGACUACAGAGGAUGUUUGUGAAGAGUUGAAGAGUAUGAAGUACCCCAGUAAGUAUGCUGAUAUCGUCAGAAGCUAUGGCCUCAGCGGUUCUGCGCUGGUCUUUGGUGAUGAAGACGACCUUAAAGAACUCCUAAAUAUGACUUUCGGCGAAUGGGCAACUUUCAGACUGCGCUUCCUGGGCUUACCAUCACACCUCCGACCACAACACAAGGACAUGUCAGCAUCACGAUCUCAUUCUCAGAACCAGCUUCACCGUGCCCAUCACUCUUCUAAUCACAGUAUGAUAAACAGCUGAAUGUAGGGAAUCCAUUCAUUUCCAGCGGGGCUGAUAUCCUUGAAAUUAUUAUCUGCAUGCAAAGCAUUUAAUUAACAAUACAUGAAAGACCAGAAAAUGUGUCAGUGUGUUACUAAUAGAUUAUUAAAGGAAUAGUUCAACAUUUUGGUAAAUUUGCUUAUUUGUUUCCCUGCCAGGAGUCAGAUGAAAUGAUGAUUACCACUAUCAUUGUGUGUUUUUCUUUGUGAAGCCAUUGUUUUCUGACAAUUUUUUGUUUGUUUCUUUUCUUAAAUGUAAUGUUAUUUCAUAGUGUUUUCUGACAUUCACACUGACGCGUGCUGUAUCUUUUUGGUCUUGUUAUUAUUACGCUUUUUUUAAUUUGUAUUUUUUGUGAUUUGAAUGUAAACAAGGAGCCCAAGAUGAAUGUACCUCUCUGUGGGAACCAUGCAGGGUUCCAUUCCAUUCUGUUAUCAACUUCUCCUCUGACCUAUGUCUCAUGAUUAUGAUGACGCCAGCCCAGAUUUUAAAAUACAAAACCUGAGUGCUUUACUUCCCAGUCUGGAAAUGCCAGCAUCUCACUUGUCACUGCUAAAGUACUGUUUAAAUGUCAAAAUGCGUUCUCCUUCGCUGCCUUCGCCACGCCAACAUACGGCCUCGUCACAACAAACCCUUCGAGGCAUUUCAGUUGAUCACUCCAUCCGUUCUCACCAUGGGGGGUGAUGAGUCAUUGAACCUCGAUGCCAAAUUGAAAUGCAUUCUUUCUGUAUGAGUUGCCUCAAUGGUUUUGGUUUAUCGCCCUCCCCUCAAGACCCCAAUUUUCCCAGCAAGCUGUCAGUUUUUCUUUUGAAAGCAUUAUAUAUUUGUGAAUACACAAACUAAAAUUAAGUACAGCUGCAUAAGGUGAUGGAAACUCAACAAGUCAAGUACUUUCAUGGAGAGAAAAAUCUGAUAAUAUUUUGACAAAUGCACUUCUCAGCUUUCAUCAACACAAGUGUUUCUUUAGUUAGUUUCAAGAUAUCAUGAUUCAUUGUAAAAGUAAUGAACUGGAAAGUAAAAUAAGAUAACAGUAAGUGAAUUUAGCUACAGGAGAUUAUGCUGAACUACUGCUGUCGAAGAAACAUAGCUGAGAAACUAUGUCAAUAUGUUUUUAAGUACAUUUUCGUUAACUUGAGGGAGCAAGGGGUCUUUUUCAUGGAUAACAUUUUCCUAAAGUAAUAAUAACUUUGUUAACAUAUAAUUUUUCACAGCGGAUAUUUCAACAUUUCACAGCAGGAUCAGCAG